CCUGUUUGCUUCAUUCCGUGCGCGGCACCGAGGGGGAAGGGUCUGUGGCGGAGGAGAGCUGCUGGCUGGUGCAGAGACUGAGGUCGGCUCAGGUCCUGGGCCAGCAUCACACAGGGCAGCAGCAGGAGGAAGAGGUAGCAGCUCCUGCCCUGGUGAACUAUAAGAAAUGCUCCCCCGAUUAAGAGUAGUUGCCACUUCCUGUGCACUGGCAUGUCGCACUGUGCACACGAAAGAAAAAGGCAAGCCGCUGAUGUUAAACCCAAGAACAAACAAGGGCAUGGCCUUUACAUUACAGGAAAGACAAAUGCUUGGGCUCCAAGGACUUUUACCUCCUAAAAUAGAGACACAAGACAUUCAAGCCUUACGCUUCCAUAAGAAUUUGGCAAAAAUGAGUGACCCCUUGGAAAAGUAUAUCUACAUAAUGGGAAUGCAAGAGAGAAAUGAAAAGUUAUUCUACAGGAUAUUACAAGAUGAUAUUGAGAGAUUAAUGCCAAUAGUAUAUACACCAACAGUAGGUCUAGCCUGUUCCCAGUAUGGACAUAUCUUUAGGAGACCAAAAGGAUUAUUUAUUUCUAUCUCAGAUAGAGGUCAUAUCAGGUCAAUUGUGGACAACUGGCCAGAAACAGAUGUCAAGGCUGUUGUAGUAACUGAUGGAGAGAGAAUAUUAGGUCUUGGAGAUCUGGGUGUCUAUGGAAUGGGAAUUCCUGUAGGAAAACUAUGUUUGUAUACAGCAUGUGCUGGAAUACGGCCAGAUAAAUGCCUGCCUGUAUGUAUCGACGUUGGAACUGACAAUCUAACCCUAUUAAAAGAUCCUUUUUACAUGGGCCUGUACCAAAAAAGAGACCGCUCACAGCUUUAUGAUGACCUGAUUGAUGAGUUUAUGGAAGCCAUUACAGACAGGUACGGCCAUAACACACUUAUUCAGUUUGAAGACUUUGGGAAUCAUAACGCUUUCCGUUUUUUGAGGAAGUACAGAGAGAAAUACUGCACCUUCAAUGAUGACAUUCAGGGGACAGCCGCAGUGGCCUUAGCAGGAAUGCUGGCAGCACAGAAGGUUGUUGGGAAAGCAAUCACAGAGCAUAAAGUUUUGUUUCUUGGAGCAGGAGAGGCUGCUCUUGGAAUUGCAAACCUCAUCGUUAUGGCUAUGAUGGAAAGCGGUAUUUCUGCAGAGGAAGCAUAUAAGAAAAUAUGGAUGUUUGAUAAAUAUGGCCUAUUGGUUGAGGGCCGAGAACAAAAGGUAGACGCCAAUCAAGAACCCUUUACGCACCGACCCCCAGACCAGGUGCCAAAGACAUUUGUAGAUGCGGUGAAUGUACUUCAGCCGUCAGCUAUUAUUGGAGUUGCAGGGGCUGGCCGGCUUUUUUCACAUGAUGUGAUCAAAGCCAUGGGUUCCAUCAAUGAAAGACCUAUAAUAUUUGCACUAAGUAACCCUACGGCGAAAGCUGAAUGCACUGCUGAGGAAGCUUAUACUUUAACAGAGGGGCGGUGUUUGUUUGCCAGUGGCAGUCCGUUCGAGCAUGUGGUUUUGAAAGAUGGACGAUCCUUCAGACCAGGCCAGGGAAAUAAUGCCUAUAUUUUUCCAGGUGUGGCUCUGGCUGUAAUCCUCAGCGGUGUUCGGCAUAUUAGUGAUAAAGUCUUCCUUGAGGCUGCAAAGGCAUUGACGGACCAGUUGACUAAUGAGGAACUUGCCCAAGGAAGGCUUUAUCCACCACUGUCCAACAUCAAAGAAGUUUCUAUUUACAUUGCUGUUAAAGUUAUGGAAUUUAUGUACGCAAACAACAUGGCUUUCCAUUACCCUGAACCUGCAGACAAGAAACAAUAUAUACUAUCAAAGGUUUGGAGCUACGAAUACGAAUCCUUCAUGCCCGACGUGUAUGACUGGCCUGUGUCUACGGCAAAGCCAUCUGAAAUGCACUGACAUACAAAAGAUGGCACUCCUCGAGUGCUGUCUUCUACUCUGCAGGGAAUCCUUUUCAGACUAAUUUACGAUAAUGACUUUUGCAACUUGUAACUUAUUUUCCCUCGUUUUGUUGUCUCCCUUCCACCCCCUCAUUUUUCUGCGUGACUGAUUUUUCCCAUAAGAAUCUGAUCAACUAUACUGGUGAUGGCUCACAUCACAUGAAUGGUAUAGUUGUCCAAAAUUAAUUUAAAUGACAGUAAUGUUGUAACUCAAGUUUAGAGCCCUCCUCACAUCAGAGAAUUUUUAAAUGGUAUUUUAGCCAUAGACAAAUGAUAAUGAACUGUAUUCUCCGUCUCAUCUUUGCUGAUUGCCAGGAUAUUUGCUUUUGUUUUUUAAUAAUAAGUCUUCUGUCUAGUUUCUUCAUUGUCAUCAUAAAUAAUGAAUUGUGGCAUCACAGAAAGAAUCUGUCAAGAAAAAAGGCCAGAUGUAUCCAAAUGGCAGAUUCUGUUCCAUCUGCAGAACAAAGCUACAGGUGUCCAGGUUUCCAUGCUUCAUUCUGCCACUCUGUUCUGUGGUCUUGCUUUGGAAAUUCUUGGCUGUAGGAAGGCCAGUGUUGUGUGCACAUUUGAAAUUUGCAACAAUAUUUGUACUCUACGGUUUAAUCGUUGUAUAGAAUUUAUUAUUAGAAACAAUUGUGAAUUAGUUUGAAAAAAGUUAUUCUUGAAAAGUCUGAAAAUAAUCACAUAGUGGGGGGUGGGCUAUGUAAGCAAAAGACAGUAAACUAUUGCUGAUUAUUCUACUUUUUGAGAUGCAGUUUAUGAAGCAGUCUACAGAAUCCUUCAUAGUGAGUUGUGAAAACUACGGGUGGUUCAGUUUAGCUGCAGAACUCAGAAAUUAUCUGCCAAAAGAUUUUGGUUUGAUUUGUUUUCUUUUUAAGGUUCUGUUACUUUUAAGCAAACCUCUCAGCAUUGUAUUCUUCCUAGAACUUACAUCCUUUGUUUCCACAUGAGGAGUGUGUAGAGCCAGGUGACCCAUCACUGAUCAGAAGUGACUCCAAAACAGAUCUGCUUGGUGCUUUGAACAAAGGUUAUUUUCCCUCUUUUUUUUCUGUUGCUGAUAAAGCUGGAACAGUGGGUGCUGCAGGCAGCUGUUGAUAUGUGCACUUCCAGUGGUUUGAUUGCAUGUUUCCUACAGUUUUCACUUGAUAAGACUCCCAGUACUUCAGCGUGAAUAGAAGACUCGAAAAGUCUGACUUUCAAAAGUUUUCAGUCGGUCCCUUGUUCCUCUUCAUGCCACAGAAUGUGACUUUAAUUUCUAUCAAGUUACUCCAUAUGAAAUCAGAAGUUGUGGCCAGAUCAUUGCUAGGUUAGUUCUUUUUUUUUUUUCCCUCAUUGAUUCAUUCAGGGUUAGCCUCCUGUUGCAUUGAAGGCCCUGAAUUUGACCUGGGUAUUAUUGUUUGGGGUCCUUCUCAUUUCCCUCCCAUCUACUGUCUGAGUGAAAUCCAGUUCUCUACAUUAGUAGACACAGAAUGUGGUUAUUGCUGGUUGUCUGUGACUUUGUUAAAACCAUCCCCUAAGACCAGGGGUAACAUAAAACUAGACAAAGGGAACCCCAUGCUUUACUGGAGUUUUGCUGUGUCAAGAACCAAUGGCAGAAAUAAAUAGCUCUUCUGGCUCAACUGACAGGCUAGAAGCCAAGAUCCAGAUACAUGACUAAAUUUAUCCAUGGCAAAUGUAUGCACAGCAGGAAACACGGGCACCAUGCCCCCUUGAAGAGGGUGCAGAGCCCCCCUUCCUUUUAUUGCUUACUCUGUUGUGAUUUUAAAACAUGGAUUGAUUGUUUUAAUCUUUUUAAGAGCAAAAGGUGAGAGGAAGAAAAGUAGAGUUUGCAGUAGAUUUUCACUAGGUGAGGAGAGAAGACUGCUUUUUCCAAAUAUCUCAGUGAUGGAAAAAUUACUUGACAAUAUACUGAAGCUUUGGUAAAACAAAGAGUGUGGAGGUGGCUCUAAAUUCUACAUCACUGUGUUUGUGAAUUAUGAGGUUUAAAAUUUAUAUAUCUAUAAAAAAGACCAACACACACAUGGUGUUUUUACAAAUAAUUCCUUUUAAUCUAUUUUUGCGGUGCUUGGUUUCUAGUGUAUUUAUAAGUUAAUUUAAACUUGAAUUUUAUUCUGGGAUCAGUAUUUAUUUAGUACAGAAAAUAACUACCAGGUCUUUUGAAAACUCAAAUUUCACCAAAGCAUGAAUAGAGAAUUAGUUAUUUGUGUGUAACUGUAUUAAGUAAACGUGCAACAAACAUUUCCCCACUCCUUCCAGUGAAAAUGUGAAUUUAACAAGAACAAAAUAAGCACUCCGUAUAUUGCCCUCAUGGCACGUGUUGAAGAUGAUUCUUCUGUAUUCUGGGUCAGCAAUGACUACAGAGACUGUGUGCUCAGCCACUGGGGGAAGGUUGUACCUUGUGACUAAAUCAAAACAUACAUAU